AUGGGUCGUCACCGCCAGCCCGGGCACCGCCAGCGCGGGGCCGGCACCGUCAGUGUGAGCAAACAAGACGCGCUGCAGCAAGGCGUCCUGUGCAAAGAGUGGCAGCGCACGCCCAUGCAGCUGCUGCAGGCGUUCUGCCAGGCCAAGAAGCGACGCAGCGCCUUUUACGCGCGCGCCAAGAGCCGCAACGACACAAAGUUCCGCAUGCGGUGCGUCCUGCCGGACGGGAAAGACCGCGGCCACGACUUGACGUUUUGCCCUGAGCAGGAGUUCGAGAAGCUGGACGAGGCCAAGCACUGCGCUGCUUUGCUGGCGCUCAAGCACGUGGAGCCCCUCCGUCCGUAUGAACGGAAGCUGCCGGACCCGUAUCGGGGCCUGUGGCUUAUUUUGGGUUCCUCCGAUCGGGUUUUGGGAUCCGAAACAAAGGGUGUGAAAAAGAAGGGAAAAGAGGCGGUCAACAUCGAGAGUAGAGAUGUUGUGACGGAAAAGGAGGCGCUCGUAACGGAAGACGCAGGCCGCAUGGAGUUCUGGGGGCAGGAAGACACGGAAGAUGUCGAACGAGAUGGAGCUGUUGCAGACAAGAAACAAGCAGCAGUCGUGCUGACAAUGGAUCGGAAGUUUGCUUCACAGAAAGAGUUCGAAGCAGUGCGACUUGCAAAGCAGCAAGAGCGAAACAAGAAACAGCGCUCUCGAGAGAAUCGAGAGCGAGCGAAUCUUCCCAAGCCGGUCAUGAUGAGUGCGUCGUGUCGGAAACUGAUCGAAGGCAUUUUGAAGCAGUUGGAGGAGACGCAGACGGACUCGAGGAAUGGACUAGAGGAGGAUGACAAGCUUGCUGUCGAGUCGAGACAGUUGGAGCUGGAAAAGUGCCAGAUAAAGGCCACACAGAGACUAAAGGCGUUUGGAUUUGCGCCUGCACAAAUCCAACAAGCAUUGCAGAAGUGUGCGCAUGAUCCGGGCGCAAGCAGUGACACCGGCGACGCUUACAUGUCGGCUGUCUUUGACUGGCUGUGCUUGAACAUUCCCGAAGAAGAGUUGCCGAAACGGUUUAAUCCACAGGGGACACAGCUGGACGUCGUGUUGAGCUCCGCGUCGUCGGACACAGCAGAACCGGCUCCUACCCUCGUGCUGAUACAGAGACUCAUGAAGUUUGGGUAUGACCGCCGCGAUGCUCUUUUCGUGACGAACGAAUACGUGCAAGAGCACCCGGAUAUCAGUCAAGAGGAUCUGAAAGCACCAUCCAUGCUGACGAUCAUUGCUCUUCUCGAGAAGUUGUUUCUGCACGUCAAAACACAUUUUGCUUUGGACAAGACCGAUGAGCCAAAGACGAUUCCUGUCGAUCAAGAGCUGCUAGACCUGCGCCAAGAUGAGAUAUUUGCUCUGGAAGCGAUAUUUGAUGAAAAGCUGAAGGUCACAAUGCUGGAGGAUGGCUCGAGCACCCAGAUUCUGACGUUCGAUGUUACCGGCGGUCUUACGUUGCACAUUUUCUUGCCAAGUACAUCACGAUAUCCGUUCGAGCUGCCGCUUCUUGCCUUGACCUCGACUGAUGCAAAACAUCAUCCACAUCUCCUUGCUGCGUGUGGAGAAGCACUGAAGAGCUGUGGACACUCCAUUGGCGAACCGAUGCUGUACGACAUCUACGUCGCAAUCGAUGCGUACUUCCAGGACAAUAAUCGGCUGCCAGGUAGCGUGCCUAGAAUCAAGCUUUUGAAAACGCCCGUUGUGCCCGAAACGGUCGCAACUGAGACCCUCAGCCAAAAAGCAGGAGACGAAGUGAAGACAAAGCGAAAGAAAAAGGAAAAUGGCCGCAGUGGUGAUCGAAGGGAGACUACAAGAAACAACCAGCGGAGAUCCGUUGACGUGGAAGCUAUGCGUCGACUGAGUGCAAGGCUUUUGCAGUCCAGGCAAGCGAAAGUUGAUCAGCCUGACUUUCGACAGAUGACUGCAGCUCGCACGAAACUUCCGGCAAGCAAAUACGAAGCAGAAGUGAUCAAGUGUGUACAAGAGAACCAAGUAGUGCUCAUUUGUGGCGCAACGGGUUGUGGCAAAACUACUCAGAUCCCGCAAUUUAUUCUCGAUGAGUUUAUCAACCGCGGCGCUGGUAGCGAAUGCUCCAUCAUGUGUACUCAACCACGACGAAUCGCUGCUAUCGGCGUGGCCACUCGCGUCGCGCAGGAGCGGUGUGAAAAGAUUGGUGAUGUGAUUGGGUACCAGAUUCGUAUGGACGCGAAAAAAUCUUCGAAUACGCGGUUGUUGUUCUGCACGACGGGUGUCCUGCUUCGGCGUUUACUCAACGAUCGACAGUUGUCUGGCGUGUCGCAUGUGAUUGUCGACGAAGUUCACGAGCGCAAUGUGGAUACCGAUUUCCUACUGUCCAUCCUGCGCGACAUGCUACCACAACGUCCAGAGCUGCGAGUCAUUUUGAUGAGUGCUACCAUGAACUCAGACCUUUUCGUGAACUACUUUUCAUCGACGGCACGCACGCCGUGCCCUGUGCUGGACAUCCCGGGUUCUACAUUCCCUGUAGAUUGCAACUUUCUCGAAGAGGUGCUUGACCAAACUCGCUACGACGUACCGAAGUAUUUGCUCAAGGAGAAGAAAGGCAAACGAAAGGGUGUUGACGAAUGUGAGGAUGAAAAAUCUGCAUGUAAACUGACGUCGAAGGAAAUUGUGGCACGUAUAGACGAUUCCAAGAUUGACUACGAUCUCAUUGUGCACUUGGUUCGCUUCCUUGUUUUGGAAAAAACACAAUGCGCUGGCAGCAGUCACGGAGCCAUCCUCGUCUUCCUUCCUGGCACGGCCGAAAUUAAGCGGCUGAUUGAAAUGCUGACCCACGGAAGUGGCAACCUAUCGUCCAAGGUGUGGGCAGUGCCUCUGCACGGUUCUCUCUCUGGAGUCGAUCAGGCGAUGGUGUUCAAGUCUGCUCCCACAGGCAAGACGAAGGUCAUCGUGAGUACCAACAUUGCUGAAACCUCCAUCACUAUCAACGACAUUACUGCUGUGAUCGAUUCUGGGAAAGUAAAGGAGAUGGUGUAUGAUAACCAAACCCGGCGGUCUCAGCUGCUCGACUGUUGGGCGUCUCGUGCAGCGUGCGACCAGCGCAAGGGUCGUGCAGGACGUGUGCAGGCUGGCACAUGCUACCGGUUGUUUUCGCGUGAUCGCUUUGCAGCCAUGAAUGCUCAGCUGUCUGCUGAGAUCCACCGUGUGUCGCUCGAACAGCUUUGUUUGCAAAUUAAGAAGCUGGAACUUGGCUCGAUCAAAGGUUUCCUCUCAAAAGCUAUCGAGCCGCCUGCUGAGGCUGCUAUUGAUGCAGCCAUCCAAGAAUUGGUGGACAUUGCGGCACUUCGAACGGUUGGCGAUUCUUCCACGACCAAAUGUCGCAACGGCAUUCAGAGCAGUCAAGAUGAAGAUGUGGCCUUGACGCCACUCGGCAACCACUUAGCCAUGCUGCCACUUGACGCACGUAUCGGCAAGUUUUUGGUGUACGGAUCGAUCCUACGUUGCAUCCAGCCAGUGGCGAUCAUUGCGGCGUGUAUUUCAAGCCGCAGCCCAUUUUUGACAAGUAUGACGGAUCCAGAGAUGCGCGCAAAACAAGAUGCGCUAAAAAAGGAGCUGGGUGGCAGCUGGAAGAGUGACCACUUGUUGCUUUGGAAGUUGGUCGAGCGCUAUGCACCUUUGCGUGGCCAGGGAAUGAAGCGUGGAUUCUGUCGCGACAUCGGUCUUUCGUACGAUACCAUGGAGUCGAUAUUGGACCUGAAGCAGCAGUACUUGCAGCAGUUGGACAACAUUGGCUUCUAUGACUCGAGCAAAGGUGACGAUCUCAAUCAAAACUCGGACGCGCCGCGCAUCAUCAAGGCCGCGCUUUGUGCGGGUCUGUACGCAAACGUGGUGGAAGUAGUGUACCCAGAGCAGAAGUACUUUCAGUCUGCCCACGGCGUAGUCGAGGGAGAUCACAACGCGAAACAGAUCCGAUACUUCGUCCGCUCGACAGCAGAAGCAGGCCAUCGCGAGCGUGUGUUCCUUCACCCGUCGUCGUGCAACUUUUCGCAGACAAGUUACGAUUCGCCCUGGCUGCUGUACACGGAAUUGGUACAAACGUCUAAGAUUUUUGUGCGAGAGAGCACGAUGGCGAACCCGUACGCGCUGUUGCUAUUUGGCGGUCACCUCGAAGUGAUCCACGAAAAGAAUCUGCUCGUGCUGGACAAGUUUAUCCGCUUCAAUGCCGUUGCUCGUAUCGGCGUGCUCAUCAAGUCCAUUCGCCACCACUUGGACCGACUGCUAAUGGAAAAGAUUGCCGACCCCAGCGUCGAUAUAGCGCAGAGUGAGUUGGUGUCCGCCAUCAGCUGCUUGCUCAAAAGUGAAGGAAUGUACGCUGACGCAUGA